UCUAGAAACUGCAUUCGCUGGUUGGUCAGGGCGAUGACGCUGCCCUCGGCCCAUGAGUUUCACUGGCAGAGCCUAGCUUCUCUCUCCAGUGCCCGUGUGUAUCACUCAUUGGCUGAUGUCGGGGGGCAGCUCUAUAUGGUAGGAGGUUGUGAUGCAUCGGGUCGACCAACCAGCGCUCUUGAACUCUACUGCCCUGAGGUGGACCGCUGGGUAAGUCUUCCUCCGAUACCCACGCCGAGAGCCGGGGCAGCAGUGGCAGUCUUAGGGAAGCAGCUCCUUGUGGUCGGUGGGAUGGGAAAGGAUCAGCACCCCUUAAAGGCAGUGGAAGUAUACAACACAGAGGAAGGCAAAUGGCGAAAGAGAUGUUCGUUGAGGGAGGCGUCCAUGGGGCUUUCUGUAACUGUAAAAGAUGGCAGGGCUCUUUCUGUUGGGGGAAUGGGAGCAGACCUCCUGCCUAAAAGUGUUCUCCAGCAGUACGACCUUCGCAAGGACGUGUGGGCGCUUCUCCCUCCCAUGCCCACCCCUCGCUAUGACACCAGCGUCUGCCUAAUGGGCUCCAAAAUCUACGUGGCAGGUGGACGUCAGUGUAAGCGUUUGGUGAAGGCCUUUGAAGUCUUUGACAUGGAAAGCCGCACCUGGUUGUCUCUACCCAGUCUGCCUUGCAAGAGAUCAUAUUCUGGGGUCUUAUGGGACAGAGCAGGACGUCUCUGUUGGUUAGGAGGCCUCAGACAAGGAGGAAUACACCGAAGUUCCAAGUUUACCAAGAACGUAAACAUCUUUGACACCAACCAAGGAUUAUGGUUGAAAUCAGAGGACACGGUACCUUUGAAGACUAAGCGAGCAGACUUUGCCGCAGCCUUAGUACGAGGGAGGAUGAUCGUGGCGGGGGGUUUGGGCCAUCAACCAUCAGUGUUAGACACUGUUGAAGCGUUUCACCCUGAAAAAAGGAAAUGGGAGAGGCUGUCACCCAUGGCCACGCCCCGUUGCUCCACCUCCAGCAUUGUAAUUCGUGACCGCCUACUGGUAGUGGGAGGUGUCAAUCAAGUCCCAAGCUCCGCCCAUGAGAUUCUGUAUGUAAAAGAGGAGGAGAUUCUUUAA